UUUAAACUGUAUAACGAAAUGAUGCCAAAUGAUCAUAUUUCUAUACUUGCUAGCUGUUUGCUAGGUCUCUGAGCAGAUCUGCUAAUAUUGGCCUAGAUCAAUAUGAUCACCAGUUGGCUGUUUCGAUACUCUUCCAGGCAGCAAUAAUCAUGUGCUUGUUUUAAUCUUUAUAUCUGAAAUGAUAAAGCUGGGAGUGUGUCUGAUUAGAGAAAGGGAAAAAUAAUUAAAGGAAAGGAUCCUUUGCAAGGGCUAAGGGUAAGAGAUUAUGAAUAAUUUAAUUAUUUCAGUAUAUAAUAUUCAACCACUUGUUAUAUGUAGCUUUGUCACCAGAUUGAUGGUCUGUUCCCGAUAUCACUAUUUUAUUCCUUUCCUUUUCUCCUUCUUACCCUUACCCUUUCUUUCUUUCACCUGAACAUUCUGAUAAAACUCUCAUUGGUCUAUCACUCUUUCUUUAUAUCUUUCCCAUCCCUCUGUUCAUCUGCUCCUCAGUUCUGUCAACUAGUUUUUUUUUUUAAUAUACAGUACUACUGCUUAUUAAGCUAGCCAUGGAUGUAAAGCAGUUAAGGUCUGAGGACCAGAUGGAUUUGAUGAUGAUGAUGGAGAUGAGCAAACAUCUUCCAGUAUUCAGCCAGGCAUACAACAGCGUUGCUGAAUUGCCACCGCCGGAACAGUUUUCUGGUGCGAGCAGCAGCAAUAAAGUUGGUGCCAUGCCGCAGUACAUAGAUAUUGAACCCCAUAUGGCUUCUCCCUCGUUCGUAAACCUCACAUCCAGUAUUGUUUCAUUCACUAACACUAACCCAAUUCAUCAAGAGUCAUCAGCACCAAUAUCUUUCUUAUCCAGCACCUCCAUUGGGAAGUGGGGAGGUAUUUUAUCUGAUGCAGGUUCGUUUGCUGCACCUUCCCAGAAGCGGAAUUCCAUGGCUGCAAUGAGGGAAAUGAUCUUCCGGAUUGCCGCCAUGCAGCCAAUCCACAUAGACCCGGAGUCAGUGAAGCCUCCCAAGAGAAGGAACGUGAAGAUAUCGAAGGAUCCUCAGAGCGUGGCCGCGCGCCAUAGGAGAGAGAGGAUAAGUGAGAGGAUAAGGAUUCUGCAGAGACUUGUCCCAGGAGGGACCAAAAUGGACACUGCCUCCAUGUUGGAUGAAGCAAUUCACUAUGUGAAAUUCUUGAAAACCCAGGUGCAAUCCCUGGAACGAGCCGCGGCUAAUCGGCCGACUGGGCAGAUAGGGUUCCCGGUGGCAAUGUCCAGUGGGAGUUAUCUCCCCAUGGCUAAGGCUUUUCAGGCUCCUCCUCAAAAUGUGCAGCCGUUCGAAGAUGCUAAUUAAUUAAUUAGCUUAUCAAGAAGACAACUUGGUUUCAGUAUAUAUGAAAUGCAUUUUGUUGAAUUAUGCUGAUCAUUUGUGGAGGUUGUAACUCUUGUAAAGGGGCCAUGCAAGCUAGCUAGGUUCAUAGAAUCAUAUUCUCUCUAUCUGUUAGGCUUGUAUCCUAUGCUACAUUGCUAUAUAAUAAUUGAAAUCAAUCACUGAAAAUCAACCCCAAUCCCACAAUUGAUCUUCAAUAU